AUGUCGCGUGCCUUUGGAAAAGGCAGCCGACAGUCCGGCGCAAGGGGUUUUGGCAGCUCUGCCCCCGGUGGCUUCGGCGGCUUCUCCUCUGCCGGCGGUAGUGGCCUAUCUUACCUCUCCGAACCUCCCGACUUGACCCCAAUCUCGGAUGCGAAUGUCGUUGUUUCAUUCAAGAACGUCCUCAAAAAAGAUGCCACAACAAAAGCAAAGGGGCUAGAGGACCUCCUCGCCUACGUACAGGCUCACCCAUUCGAAGUGGACGGAGGCGCAGAAGAAUCUAUCUUGGAAGCAUGGGUACAAAUAUAUCCUCGUACUUCGAUAGACAACUCUCGCCGCGUCCGCGAACUCUCUCACACCCUGCAAUUUGAGUUAAUGAAGUCAGCACGGAAGCGCAUGGAGAAGCGCAUCCCCAAGAUCGUCGGUGCCUGGCUCGCGGGCUUAUACGACAAGGACAGAGUUGUGUCGAGGGCGGCCAACGAUGGUCUCUCCUCGUUCCUUAGCAGCCCAGAGAAAAUCGCGCUGUUCUGGAACAAGUGCCAGUCGCAGAUCUUAACAUAUGCAACUGACGCUAUCCAGGAGACGAAGGACACACUCAGCGACGAACGUUCCACGACAGCCGACGAUGCUGAGGCUAAAUACCUUCGCGUUGUAGGGGCGAGCCUCUCCCUUGUACUUGGCCUCUUGCAAAAGCUCGAUUCGACCGACCUUCAAAAGGAAGAGGAGGCAUACGAUACCUUCUUCGCAGAAGAGAAGGUCUGGAAAAGCGUGGUUACGGGCGACAGUUCGGUCAAGAAGACGGCGUGCCAGCUGUUAUGGGUGUCUAUCGACAAGAGACUUGACUCGGUGUCCUCCCAGAUUUCCCGCUUGAAAAAGGCCUUCAUCGCCGAGGGACUCAAGAGCAGCCAAGCAGGAUCGUCUGUCGAGUAUGUCAGGGUCCUCACAAAGUUGACGGCCAAGUUCCCCGAGAUUUGGACGAGUUCGAGCGAGAAGAAGAACCCGAUAACUAGGUUGAAUGGGUUUUUGGAAAAGGGUUCCCAGAGCAGCUCCGCCAAGUACUGGGAGCACCUCGAGCACCUGAUCAAGGCCAUUCCAACUGAGCUCUUCACGGUCGAUGCUUCAGCUGACGCGCUCAAGUCAAUGAGGACGGGAAUCACAAGCAGAGAAGAGCCGCGGAUGAAUGCCACCACAGCGUGGACCUGCUAUGCUAGAACUACCAAGCACCUGCUACAGAAUUUCCCUUCAGACGGUCAAAGGGCGAAGCUUGUUCAAGAACAUCUUUUCCCUUUGAUCGAGCAUUUCCUUCUACCGACACCUGAGAAUACGUCAUGGGAGAUUGGCAGAACUGGACGGCUUCCCGUUCUCGGUGAAGUCUACGAGGUCUCGGUCGACCCGUCAUCCGAGGCCUUAGUUCAGGCAACAACUGACAAGUUGGAGCUGCUUUCGUCAGCGUUCUGCAGCAGAAUAUCCAACUCGCUCCCUGAAAUUUCAAAGGACUACGAAAAGUCUCAGGAGGCUAUUGCUUCUGAAGGCACCCGUUGGUUCUCCCUGGUCGGCCAAGUUCAGAAGACGAUUCCCACAGACAGUCUCUUCAAUGAGCCUUCAAAGACCAUUAUCAAAUGCAGCUUGGACCUUCUCGCAAACAGAAAUCUCAAGCCAUACGGAGCAGCAGCAGUGCUCUACAGCGUGAGCAAGAACGCUCCGCGUGUAUGGGGAGAUGCAGAGGCUGCUCGAGCUCUGGAACAAUUCCUAUCAACGCAAGGCCGAGACCGCAUGGACGUCGUGAUGACUUCGCGGUCUGCUUCUGAUCUAUUGAACUGCGUGAAUGCCUUGGGUACUCUCGAGAGGCAGGAAGAAAACUACGCGGGUAUCUGGAAGACCUGGAUUGAAGCUUUGUUGAGCUUGUCCGAUGACAACCAGGCCGUUAGAGGCAUCGAACGUCUGAUUGCCAACCAACAAGCAUCAAAGCUCUCCCAGUCACACGUGCAGCUCCAGAAGUUCCUCGAGUCUAAGUGCUCCAGCACAGCCCGCGGAGAGCUGGACUCCUGGAGCCUGUUCGAGACAGCCUUUGGCAACAACGCUGUCGCCGAAUCAACGGCCAAGCAAUUAGUAAAUAACAGUGUAUCGGCCUUGUCACAAGACAAGCACCACUCUGUUCAGGCCCUUCGCUCCUUGGAAAUUAUUGCAAAUAACAAGCCUGGACUGUUGUCUCAGGAUGAGUCAACUCACAUGGCGGUUGUGACUGAACUGCUGGGACUUGCCGAACUUGACGACAGAGCAAUCUCUUCUCGUGCGACCUCGUUGAGAGCGCUACUGGAACAGCCCGCCGAUGGCACAUCGCCAGUUGCCGCCAUCAUCCAGAGAAAUCUCGAAGACGCAGGGCCACAGUCACUUGGCAUCGAAACACUGGUUCAACAAGCGCUGCAGGCUUCCCAUGCUGGGUCUAUCGCCAUUGAGGACUUGUUCCCAAGCACGAACGUCUGGAUGCAACAGCUCUCCAAGUUCUUCCAGGCCAAGCUCAACCCAUCAUUGUCAAUCACUAGCGGCUUAGCGGGCGCUCACUUCUUGGUCCAACCUACCGAGCCAGAGCAGCGUCUUCGCGUGCGCAGAGACCGAGACGGCCUUUCUGUUCCAGCCAGAAUGGCGUCCUACACCUCCAAGCUCUUGUCGUCGGACAUUUCGGUCUCUAACUUGCCUGAAAGCUUCCAGGUCGAGCUGCUCUACCUUCUUUGCGUCUCAGUUCAGAUGGUAUCGGACCAGAUCACAUUGAUGGACGAGAACAAGCUGUUCCUGAACCUUGAGAUGGGAGAUGCUCUUACCUCGGCUGAAUCAUUUGUCUCUUCCACCCGUCUCACUAUCAACGCCAUUGCGGAAGAAGCCCAGGGAUGGAGAGACGGCUCGGAAGCUGGCUCGACGAAGCUGGUCAACGGUCUCAUCGCCAUCAUGACGCAGGAGACGAAGGAGCUCACGCCACUGGGAGUCUACAGCGCUAGAGCGCUGAGCGAUGUCUUCCAGACCCUUGCCGAGAAGCACGGGUUCCCUGUUGCAGGAGACGAGAAGAUCAACCAGCUAGCGACAUUCAAGGCCACGCCACCGACGAUUUUGGCAGCGACGGCCGUGUUUGCCGGCUUCGGUGAGAGUCUGGAGUCGUCAAAAGCCGUCAACAACCUGUGCAACCGUCUUGUUAGCGACAUUGCGGGCGCUAGUGUGGAACCUGAAAGGGUAGAGAAGACGCUGUUAGUCCUCGUCCUCCUCAACGCAUGUCUGCAAGUCUACGAGGUCGGCGAGGUUCCCGUGGCGAACAACCGCAUCGUCUUUGCCGUUCGCCAAAUCACGUCUUGGAUGGACGAUAUUCCUAGCCUCACCCCCGCACUGUCGACCGAGAUCUGCAGAUCAUUACAGAGGCUGCUCCCAAGCAUGAAGGAUGUAUACGGCUCGUACUGGGAAAAGACGAUCGAGUUCUCCACCGCGCUGUGGGCAAGGGCAUCCGACGACCGUCUCGACGACUCGCUGUCGUACAUCCAUGCGUCAUUGAAGCUCUUGACCACUUUAGAGACGCUAUCGGAGCCGAACGAUGAUCUCGUGGAUGCCCUCAAGGAGUUCGCCGAAACGAAAUCACUCUCCCUCAUCGAACUCCUCAAGCUCGACCGCGAGAAGAGCACACAACCCCUGGAGAUCGUGGACGCCCUCAUCUGCAGACAAGUCAAUAAGAUCCCCCUGAAGCAUAUUACCGACCUCUCGGACCUCUACGGCCUCAUCGCCGCGGACUCCCGCUCGAUCCAGACCGCGGCCUUCAACCUCCUCCACUUCGCGCUCCCUGCGCGCCAGGAAGAGCUCUCGGUCAACGUCCUCCUCGACAAGACCGACGCCCGCCUCCCCGACGAGCUCCUUUCCCUCCUCCUGGAUGCGCCCACUCUGGAACGCUACCCGGACGAGGUCCUCGCGCAGUUCCCCCUCGCGGUCCGCUCGUACCUGCUAUCAUGGCACCUCAUCUUCGACGCCUUCAGCACUGCCUCGCUCAAGGUCCGCCAGGACUACACGGAGCACCUCAAGACGGAGAACUACAUAGCCCCGCUCAUGGACUUCACCUUUGACGUGCUGGGCCACUCAGCCGCGCACCCGCUGAACCUCGAGAGGGAGGGUCUGACGACGCAGCACAUCACCUCGUACAGCGUCUCCCUCGCCGACGCCGAGUCGGACGAGCGGAACCUGCACUGGCUGCUCGUGCACCUCUACUACCUUACCCUCAAGUACACCCCGGGCCUCUUCAAGACAUGGUACCUCGACUGCCGCUCCAAGCAGACGCGCAUCGCGGUCGAGGCCUGGAUGACGCGGUACUUCUCCCCCAUCAUCGUCUCGGACGCCCUCGACGAGGUCGCCGCGUGGGCCGCGGCCCAGGAGCCACCCGCCGACGAAGACGAAAAGGAGCUCGUCGUCAAGGUCAGCAAGGCCACCAAGGAGAUUACGGCCGGUGUCGAGAUCGACGAGAGCCUGGCGUCCAUUUCCGUCAAGGUGCCCGCGAGUUAUCCCAUCGAAGGCGUCAGCGUCGUCGGCAUUAACCGUGUCGCGGUUAACGAGCGCAAGUGGCAGAGUUGGCUGCUCACGACGCAGGGCGUCAUUACGUUCUCGAACGGAAGCAUCAUCGACGGCCUCUCAGCCUUCCGGCGCAACAUUGUCGGCGCCCUCAAGGGCCAGACCGAGUGCGCCAUCUGCUAUUCCAUCAUCUCCACCGACAAGAGAAUGCCCGACAAGCGGUGCACGACGUGCAAGAACCUCUUCCACCGCACAUGUCUAUACAAAUGGUUCCAGAGCAGCAAUCAAAAUACGUGCCCGCUGUGCCGUAACCCCAUCGAUUACCUGGGAAAUGAUUCCAGGGCGCGGAGGGCUCAGAGGGACGAUGAAUAUUAG